GAAAAAAAAAAAACAAAGGAGUACUAAUAAAUCUGAAAUCCCUAAGCUCGAGACGAGAGUUUCAUUUUCUCGAGCAAUUUCACUCUUCCCAGAACAACCCUUGGAGUUCCGAUGAUGAAGGGUCUUGUUUCCGGCGCCAGGAGGCUAUCAACUCCAUCGUCCAUGGCGACAAGCAUCGCCACUGCUAGAAGAAGCUACAGUCUGAUUCCGAUGGUCAUUGAGCACUCAUCGCGAGGAGAGAGAGCUUACGACAUCUUCUCUCGAUUGCUCAAGGAGCGUAUAAUCUGCAUCAACGGUCCCAUUAAUGACGAUACGUCUCACGUCGUCGUCGCUCAGCUUCUCUACCUCGAGUCUGAGAAUCCUUCCAAGCCGAUCCACAUGUAUCUCAAUUCGCCAGGCGGCCAUGUCACCGCCGGUCUUGCUAUUUAUGAUACUAUGCAGUACAUUCGUUCUCCUAUUAGCACAAUUUGUUUAGGCCAAGCUGCAUCAAUGGCUUCUCUCCUCUUGGCAGCAGGUGCCAAGGGGCAAAGGCGGUCGCUUCCAAAUGCAACUGUUAUGAUUCAUCAGCCUUCAGGAGGAUAUAGUGGACAGGCUAAGGAUAUAACGAUUCAUACAAAACAGAUUGUUCGUGUGUGGGAUGCUUUAAAUGAACUGUAUGUCAAACACACGGGUCAACCUCUUGACGUGGUUGCAAAUAACAUGGAUAGGGAUCAUUUCAUGACUCCUGAAGAGGCUAAGGCGUUUGGAAUAAUCGAUGAAGUUAUUGAUGAAAGACCGUUGGAGUUGGUGAAAGAUGCAGUUGGAAAUGAAAGCAAAGAUAAGAGUUCAAGUUAGGAAGUAACUGGUAAUCAAAGUAAUAAAUUUUCUUCUUCUCCUCUACCAGUUUUUUCUUUGCUGCUACUUUAGAUUUCCUUUUUCUAUGGAUGAAAUUAUGGUCUGAGGGCAUGAUCUCUCAAACUGUUUUUAUUCUUUCAUAUAUCGAUCAUGACUAUAUUUCAGAACUCU